GAAAUGAGAGUCAUAAAAAUUUUUAAUUUUAGACACAAAAACUUCGAAAUCAAAAUCUAUGAAAAAUUGCCUCGUUUUAUUACGUUUGAAAGCGACACGUGUCCACAUGCAUUAAAUUUUGCUAACACUAACGAGGCGAACAUGUUCAAAAAUAUAUUGAAAUUAACUAUUAAACGAAUUAAUAAUGGAGGAGUAAAGCCACAAGUUCAACAGCCUCAAAAUCAUUUAUCUCCAUCCACAUCCAAUAUUAAUCAAAUGCCAACAGGAAUAACGAAUAUUGGGACUAGUCCUCAAGUUGGCCCAUCUUUCCACCAAUUUUUUACACCAAACAAGAAGAUGCCGUCUAAAAAGGAUAAAAAUAAUGAUGGCCGUCCAACUCUUACUAAAAAGGAUCUUGGAGCUGCAACUGACUUUGCGUAAAAUUUCAUCUGGCUUACUAUUAGAGUCGA